UUUUCCCGAGGAUAAGAACAGUACCCCUCUUUGUAGGAAUGUGCCGGAUUUUCUACAUUUCAUCAACAAACUUUUAGCUACGGGCGUACCUGCAUAUUGUUUUGAUUGCUGAUUUAGGUUUUGCUACUGGUUCUAGAAAAUUUAGCGGAGGAUAGAUAAUGGCGUCCCAGGAUCAGACAAUACAGGAGGAUGCUGGGCCACAACCGGUGGUUUUGGAUGUCGACUCUCAACCUAGCGACUCUGACUCUGCUAUGGGAUCAUCGCUAGAAUCCGACACCUCAUCCAUACGCUCUUCUCUCUAUGAAGGUGUCGAAGAGAACGGCAGGACAUAUCACAAGUACAAGCAAGGGCAAUACUAUCUUCCAAAUGAUGAGAUGGAACAGAAUAGACUUGAUCUUCAACACCAUCUCUUUAAUUUAACAUUUGACGGAAAGCUUGCACUUGCUCCCAUCUCAAACCCACAAAUGGUGCUCGAUAUCGGCACUGGAACGGGGCUUUGGGCUGUUGAUUUUGCCGAGAAGAAUCCAUCUGCAGUCGUAACUGGGACCGACUUGAGUGCGAUUCAACCUGACAUGGUCCCACCUAAUGUUCAGUUCCAAAUCAGUGAUGCUGAAGAUGAAUGGGACUUCUCCCAAAGGUUUGACUACAUCCACGGCCGCGCCCUAACAAUCUGCUUCCGGAAUCCCCUCACAGUCUUCAAAUCCGCCUACGAUAACCUUCUCCCAGGCGGCUACUUCGAGAUGCAAGACCUCUAUUUCCGACCGCACUCCGAUGAUGGUACACUGACAGGUACCGCUCUCGAAAAAUGGAACGCCAAGCUCAAAGACGGCGGUGCGACAAUGGGCAAAGAUUGGUGGUGUACUCCUAACUAUGCUCGCUGGUUCAAGGAAGCAGGGUUCGUGGAUGUAGUUGAGAAGAAGUUUUUCUGGCCGGGAAAUACGUGGCCGAAGGGACGGAAGCAGAAAGAGAUGGGAAUGACCAUGUUGGCUAAUUCGAUGGAGGGGGUGGAGGGGGCGACUCUGAAAAUGUUUACGGGUUUGUACGGGAUGAGUAUUGAAGAGGUGCAGGAGGUUGUUAGGGAUGUCAAGAGGGAUUUGUGUGAUAGGAGAAUCCACACGUAUUAUCCGCUCUACGUUGUUUACGGUCGGAAACCAUUGGAUGCACCCGAAUGAGGAUGAGCCAGUCGAAAUUACCAACUUGCAGUACAUUCCACAUAUGCUGUAGAA